AUGGCUACUACGAGGGAUGCCCCUGUUAGCAGUGUUCCGCCCAUUGUCCCCAAGGACUUCACUGCGCAGCAGCCGGAGACUGUCCGCCUGUACCCCCUUUCGAACUAUACCUUCGGCACCAAGGAGACACAACCAGAAGAGGACCCAUCAGUUCUGGCACGGCUGAAGCGCCUAGAAGAGCAUUAUGGCCUGCAUGGAAUGCGACGGACCUGUGAGGGAAUCCUGGUGUGCCACGAGCACAACCAUCCACACGUGCUGAUGCUGCAGAUUGCCAAUGCGUUCUUUAAGCUGCCCGGUGAUUAUCUGCACCAUGAAGACGACGAGAUUGAAGGUUUUAAGAAACGACUGAAUGAGCGCCUGGCACCUGUGGGAUCUCAGUUCUCCGGCGAAGGUGUUAACGACGACUGGGAAAUUAGCGACACACUUGCGCAAUGGUGGCGACCCAACUUUGAGACUUUCAUGUACCCGUUCCUUCCUGGACAUGUCACGCGUCCCAAGGAAUGCAAGAAGCUGUACUUCAUUCGUCUCCCGAAGAAGAAGGUUCUCUCCGUCCCAAAGAACAUGAAACUUCUCGCCGUCCCGCUGUUCGAGCUGUAUGAUAAUACUGCUCGCUAUGGCCCUCAACUCUCUGCAAUUCCCCACCUUCUAUCGCGAUACAACUUUGAGAUGGUCGACGAGAACGACAACAUUGUUGCGGUGACUCCUGGCACCCCAUUGCCUCCUGGUGUCACCCUCACCCCCAGAGUUCUGGUUGACGGUGAUAGCGCAAACGAUGGACAGGACACUGGUAUGACUGGCGUUGAGGAGGGAAUGAGGAUUGAAUCUCACCAGUAG